AUGGUCGACUUCGUGCACUUGACUUUGAAAACUGGACGAUCAGCAGCGAUCUCAGAUAUAUUGAAUAUCACCACUUCGAUCGUACAUUACUGUUGGUUUUUGCAUUGGCGGCAAAGUAAGCUAAGGUCUACUUUGAACUUGGCAAGUGCUCGGUUGCAUUCAAGGGAAAGAUAUUGCGAGUGGAGUCAGCGUAAACAAGUUUUAUGCGCAGAAGCUGGCUACAGUAUGCCAUUAGAGAAACGCUGGUGCAAAUUCGGUGUAUCCACUGUAAUAACCAACCUUUGGCAUGCUCGCCUGGGUCAUGCAGGUCAUGAUCGGAUUCUGUCAGUGACUAUUAUUGCGAGCGCUAUUACCAAGCUCGAGGUCAAGCUGGACUCAUCAAAUACCGUGCGAGGGUUGUGCAUGUGGUGA